AUGGAACCAAUCCAGGUCCAUAUUGAACACGUCCUAAGCAAGGAAAUUGGUCAUGGCAGUGACAAAGCUCGAUUUUCCAGUACCAGAGGGACCAUAGAGGGGGAAGCUUUAUUUCUAGACGCAACCGAGUCGGUGGUGGUGUUGUUUCACUCUAAGGAACAAUUCGAGAUCGAAUUUGACCCUGUUUUGAGAUCCAGUUCUUUUGUGAUGAUGUCGAAGGUAGAAGAAUGCUUGAACGGGGUGAAUCUCGAACGUCCCAUUCUCAUAGGCAUUGUUCGUGAGGAGGCACAAGUCGUGCUUCCCUUGUUGUUUGUUUUCGUUAACUAUGGCGUGAAUGUGUUGAAGGUAAGGAUAGGGGAUUCACCACUUAUCCACAAUCCUGGCUUUCAGAAUAAAGUUUUUGGUUCCAGUUGGAUUUGGAUAAGUGGGUUGGUUGAACAAGUAGAGUGCGACUCCAAGAAAAUGGUCUUGGAUGAUUUGGUGAAUCAUGAUAUGACUCUCGAUCAUAAGGACAUUAGAGGAGGAGUGGUAACUUGA